AUGUGGCACCAGUGGGAGCCAGAGAAAAAGGCAGCUGGCUGCAUGACGGCCGGCCAGUCGUCAGGCUCCAGGCGCCCCAUGCCAGACGGCAAGGUAUGGGACUCGGCGGUCGAGGCAAAGGCGGAGGAGGGGCAAGGUCUCGAGCUGCAUGAGAGGGGCGAGGGGUGCCCGCCCAAAGGAUGA